AUGAAUAAGUACAAUGGUAAGCCGUUGGCAGCUUUGAAAGAAGAAAUUGAAAAGGAGUAUAUUAAAACGCGCGAAGAAUUUUAUGAUGCAAAACAGUUAGAAACUAAGGCGCUUGUGCAUGAGAGCAGUACGAAAGUGCAAGCUUUACUGCUUCAAUGUGAUAAAAGUAUCAAGGAAAUUCGUGCUAAUUUUAAGGGAGAUCCAUAUCCUCCAUUUGAAAAUUUACCUGUAACGAAAGUAAAAAGCAACACUAAUAAUGCAAGUCACUCAAAAGCUCCAACAAAAGGAAGACCACCUUCGCUUAAGAUUGAUUUAAAUGUUCAGGAUUAUUUAUCAACUACUCAUCGUAAAAAACGUUCGGAUAAACGUUUGGCUAUAAGCAUUCCAAUUCAAAGUGAAAUUCCAAAAUAUGCAUUAUGGACUCCAAUUACAAGAAGCUCAAAGACAGAAGAUGAUCCUGUAUUGAGGCAUCUCUAUUAUUUUGGUGAAGACAGUGAAGACGAUGAUGACGUUGAUUAUUUUGAUGUUUAUGAGGAAAGCAUAGUAGGCAAAAAUUCGCAUGAUCUGGAAGGAGAACAAAUUGCUAUCAAGACCAUGCAUUACAUAUUCAGGCAGAAUCAUAUUCCAAUAACGCUUAUAGAAAAAUCUAUAGCUAAAUUCGAAGGUCCAAAAUCGAGCAAAACAUCUACUACACCUUUAACGACCUCAAGGAUUGCACGAUUACCGGUAAUGGAAAACAGGGCUAGUCCUGCUGAUAACAAUGAUGAGAAUAUGGAUGUUUCAUUUAUUGAGGUUACUCUUAAAGUGCUUGCAAAAUUUCUGAAAGGAAAAGAUAUCAAGAAGAUG